AUGAAUGAAGAAGAGUGGUACACAGAAGUGUUUCUGAAUGGGAUUGGUAAUAGAGUCGGAACGGUGUCAAGGGCAGCGAGGAUAACUCUCUCGUUCUCUUUCUCUCUCUCAAGGCCAGAUCAGUUCCUGUCGCAAGGGGAGAUUCACCUCGGCGGGCAUUGGAGCGAUGAUUGGUUGCCAGGGGUGGCGAUCAGCUGCAGCUCCCGUGAUGGGGCUUUGCCCUGCAUAAUAACUACAAAUGGAUAUGAGAUUUGGUCUACUAGGACUGCUGCAACUUGGCAGAGUGACAAACAACAGAAGUUUUGUUUGAAAUGUAGUGCAGCGGCGGUUUCUCAGACAACGGAAUUUGAUCGCGGGGAAGAUUCAGCAGCAGGGGUAGCUGGAGUGGAAGGACUCGGAUCAUGUGACCGUUCUGGACUGGCCAGAAUCCGUAGGAAAGAAAAGAACAAGAAUGGAAGAAUGGAAAAUCCAUCGAAAUUCUCCGAAGAGAACGAAAGAGGAGAAACAAUACUGUCCAGCGUCAUUAUGACGGCCUCUAUUCUGCCCAAUUCCAUGGCACUUCCUACACUUCCUACUAUCUACAGAACCUCAGGUUACGAAUUGAAGAGGGGGGAUUGGGCGACAGUCCAUUGGAAUUCAUCCUUUGGAAAACAGUUUAGUAUCUGGAGAUAA